UUCUCAAGUUCAAAUUGUUUAUUCUUCCUAUUAUUACUCAUUUUCUCAAGGCUGUGGCUUAAGGAGUCCGCUUAUCCGCGUAUUUUGGUUUGGUAUGUUUUAACGUUCAGCAUUUAGUGGGUUAGCGUGUUGUCUCAAAAUACCUUUUGUUCUGAGAGUGUUGGUUUAAGUAUGUAAUUAAGCUGAAGACUCAGUAAGCGCACAGAAUGCACUAUUGUGUGCUUAAAUCCAAUUACGCACGCAAUUGGCGACAUUCAGAUAUAACAUUAACGUGAGAUUAGGAAAAAUAUAAUAGUCGAAACAAGAGACUGAUAGUGUUAGAUUUCGAACGUGUUACAACUUGGUUAUUCUUGGUAGCGCAUGAUCAUAAUCAUGGACGCAUUCAGUGAGGUUUACCUCCAAAGGUUAUGUGUAUAUUGAUAGGGAUUAUUUUUACUUCAGGUCCGUUUGUAGACCUAAUAGGGAGUAAAAUAUUCAGUGAGUCUCUAUAUCUUUGCAAUUUGUAAUAUAUGCAUUAUAUUUGAGGAUGUCUUGAAAAAGUUUUCCAGAAAUCAACUUCUUUAGUAGGUGGUUUCCUCGAUUUCCCUUCUAAGUGACAGUGACUCUUUCAAGCUUUAAAAUCUCCACUUAAUUGCUUUUUCUCAGUUUUAUGGCGCGUAAUAUCCAAGUGGUUUUACAUUCUAGAAAUGUCCUUGAGUUCACGAUCGGUCAGUCCCCAAAUGGAUCAUAAAAUCAACGAAAUAACUGAAAAUAUUAAGCAACGUGGUCGGGAGGGUGCGUAUCCUCUUUUCAAGGAAACGGGGCCGGAAUAUGUAAUGCCGAAAUUUCCGAUUGAGAGGAAAGAGAUGGAAGACCAUAUCUUGGAAUUAAAGUUGGCCCGAGCAUUAGGUGUGGCAGAUAAUGAUUCUAAACUUCCUGUUAACGAAGAAAAUCAUGAUCUUAUCAUUUUGAAUCCUUCAGCUACUUCUAAAGUUAUUAGUUCAGAUAACUGUAAUUCUGUUGAAAGCAUAACGAACGGUAAUGAGUCUGUGUUACCUAGCAAAAAUAGUAUAUUCAAUAAAGAUUCUUCAAACUCUUCAUUUGUACUCCCUGAAACAUCCUCUGAUGAACCAGAUUUUCACUCUAACCAGUCUGUUACUUCGGACAUGAAUACAUUUUCUUUGGAAUCUGGUAAUCGGAUGCAACCCAGGCUUACUCAAAACAAUGUUCAGUUUCAAAAUGAGCAGAACUGUGGAGGUUCCUUAUUCAGAAGAUUAUACAGCAUCCCUAGUACAAAUAACGAUGGGUUCCCAAUAUAUUUAGCACCUGCACCAAAUGCAGGUGUGUUCACAGAUGUGGUUCCUGUUCUCCAAGAAGUAGAAGAAGGGGCUGAAGCACAUUUAGAGUCAGCAGCUGUGGAAUUCCAACGUGUCCAAAUCUGCGGCGAUGAUACUCUUGGUGUUCCUGUAGAUGAUUUACAUUUAGCUUCAGAAGCAUUGAUCAAAGCCUUGUUAUUACGUCAAAAAUACAUUACGUCAUCACAGCAAUCAUUUCAUUGCACAACUAAACGAUAUUUAAGUGUACUGGAUUCGGGUUCAGUAAAAUCAUUGGAUUCCGAGGAGAAACAAUACAAAUCUAUACAUACCCCUGUAUUUGGCUCAAAUACAGUCGACAAUAUCACCAACACAAAUAUCAUCCCCAUGAAUUACAGCUACAGUAAUAUUAAUAGUACCAUACACUACAUACGAACAUGUAGAAGAAUCUCAUCUCUCGAAGAUCAUCCAAUUCAUCCUCCUGAAAAAACUGGUGAUCCUUUCGAGAUAGACUAUUGGCCUGAACCAUUAGAUGUUACAAUGGAAUUUCGCAAGGGUAUAAUGCACAUCGAAACAUUGUCUGAUUCACCAGACAGAAGCCAUGUAAAUUUAAUAAAUGGGACAUCAGAACAUAAUCAUGAUGGAACUGUUGACGUUGAUCAACCUGUGAAAAAAGACCUACCAGAAUUCAUUAUACCGUCUCUACAGACAUUCUUCUCAGAUUUUGAUACAAUACGUACAUUUGUUGGAGAUGGUCCUUUGAAGUCGUUCUGUUAUCGUCGACUGACUUACUUGGCUUCAAAAUUUCAGUUGCAUUCAUUGUUGAAUGAGGCUCGGGAAUCAAUUGAACAAAAGCGUGUAUCACACCGUGAUUUUUAUAAUAUUCGAAAGGUUGAUACACAUAUACAUGCAUCAUCAUGUAUGAACCAAAAACAUUUACUACGUUUUAUCAAGAAAACAAUUCGUACUAAAUCAGAUACUUAUGUAUGUGAAGAUCCAAAAACUAAAAAGCCUAUGACAUUAAGUGAAUUGAUUGAUAAAAUUGGAAUUACGCUUUAUGAUUUAAAUAUUGACAAUUUGGAUGUUCACGCUGAUCGUAAUACUUUUCAUCGAUUCGAUAAAUUCAAUGCCAAAUACAAUCCCAUUGGUCAAAGUCAGCUACGUGAAGUGUUUUUAAAGACCGACAAUUACAUUAAGGGCGUUUUCUUUGCACAUGUUCUGAAGGAAGUGUUCUAUGACUUUUCUGAAUCGAAAUAUCAAAAUGCUGAACCACGUCUUUCAAUUUAUGGUAGAUCUAUCAAUGAAUGGGAUAAUUUGGCUAGAUGGGCUAUUGAUUGUAAAGUUUAUUCAGAUAAUAUACGUUGGUUGAUUCAAGUGCCUCGUCUUUUCGAUGUUUAUCACGCUAAAGGAUCAAUGAAAUACUUUCAAGAUAUUAUCACAAAUGUCUUUCAACCAUUGUUCGAGGCAACUGUCAAUCCUAAAUCACAUCCUGAACUACAUGCAUUUCUACAAUAUGUAACUGGUUUUGAUUCAGUGGAUGAUGAAUCGAAAUCUGAUAAAAUUGUAUUCAAUGCAUCAACUCCUACACCAGAUGAGUAUGAUUUAAAUGAGAAUCCUCCAUAUUCUUAUUAUAUAUUUUAUAUGUUUGCUAAUAUAUCUCAAUUAAAUCAACUUAGAAGACCUCACUCAGGUGAAGCAGGUAAUAUUAAUCACUUAGUUACGUGUUUCCUGUUGGCUGAAAGUAUCAAUCAUGGUUUGUUGUUACGUAAAGCUCCUGUUCUACAAUAUCUUUACUAUAUUGCUCAGAUCGGAAUAGCUAUGUCACCUUUGAGUAAUAAUUCUUUGUUUUUGGAUUAUCACCGUAAUCCGUUGAAUGACUUUUUAGCACGCGGUCUGUUCGUCAGUCUUAGUACUGAUGAUCCUUUACAAUUUCAUUUUACUAAAGAACCAUUGAUUGAAGAAUACAGUAUAGCUGCUCAAGUAUGGAAAUUCACAUCUACUGAUAUGUGUGAAUUAGCACGUAAUAGUGUUUUGAUGAGUGGUUUCUCUCCUCUGAUUAAAUCUCAUUGGCUUGGACCUAAUUAUACACAAGAAGGUGUUAUGGGUAAUGAUAUAACUCGAAGUAAUCUACCCAACAUUCGCGUUGCUUAUCGUUUUGAAACUUUAACACAAGAAUUACGUUUGUUGUUAAAUUCUGUGUUAGCAAGUCGAACUAGUGGAUCUGUUUCACCUGGUAGUAAUACAGUAAUGCUUUCUCCAAAAAAGACUCAUACUUCAACAGAUUCUAGUCGAAUUGAUCAUUUAAAGAAAUGAUUAUUCUUGUUAUAAUAUUAUACACAAUGACUAUUGAUACUAAUUAUCUUCUAGUAACACUUCUAUCUUUUCUUUUUAAUGCAAGUUCUCUUAUCUUAAUUUGUAUUAUUCUCUCUAAAUAUAUUUGUUCAUGGUUUGUUAUGAAUUAAACAAUUAUGACACAUUCUAACAGUCACAUAAUUAUCUACACUUUUUACUAAUAGAUAUUAUAACGUGGAAGUUAAUUUUUCAUCCACAUAUUAUCUACAUCUACUUUCUUUUUCUGAUAUGCUUAUUUUGGUUUAUUAUUAAUUAAUUAAGAGCACUAACAUUAGCACCAUUUCAUGCAAAAUAUUUUAUUACUAUUAUUUCCAAGAAUAAUUGUAUCUCACUUAUUGUAUUCAUCAUUUAGUAAUGAUAAUCUACUGUUUAGAUUCUCUCUGUCGUUCAUUAAUCCUGGGGAAGUGUUGUUAACGCUCCUACAAAAAGAAAUUCACUACAUUAACGAUUAUUUUAAUUGUAUCAUUAGAGAUAAUAAUUUGCGCGUGCAAACACACACACACAAACGCACAAAUUGAAUGCAUUUAAGGUUAAAGUGCAAAUAUUUUAAUGGAGUGUUGAUUAAUUUGGUUAAAAAUGUUCAUGUUGGUAUUUAAUCAUGUACCGUUACUAACCUUUAUGUAUUUAUGUAAUACAAAAUGAACUUUGUAAUAUCAUUAAUGCCUGUCAUGUGUUUUUGUUUGUUUGUGAUACACAAUUAUUUGUUCAAUUCUGAUUUCGAAGGUAAUAAUUUUAAAGAAGAAUAUUUUCUGCUUACUUGUUCGGCUUGAUUAUUUAUCUAGAAAGAGGAUUAGUUUAUUUUUAGAAUCAAAAUAUGUACGAUAUGAAGUAUCAUAACUUUACAUUGUUUAAUUUGAGAAGGGGUAAUGUACAAGAGGAUGGAGGACUUUUUAUUGCGUUUAUGUAUAAAUUAAUUAGCCCCAUAUUUGUUCUGGUUAGCAUCUUUUUAGCAUGAUUUUUUUUUCUACGGAGUGGGAUUGCCGACUCCAUGGCCUACCUUCCUCCGUUUACACGGUCUUGGGACCGGCAAUAACUCUAGAAGAGCUACAGGGGGAGUUUAAUUUAUUCUAUAAUAUACAUUUUCAAGCUUUGCUUAAUUGAAU